AUGAGCUCCUCCGCUCUUCUCACCGCCCACAAGGUGAAAGUCCUUCUGGAUCCCGAUAGACUAGAUCAGCACUCAGAAGACAAACAACGUCCCUGGUGCCCGAGUGUACGCAUAGAUUCGAACUGCAAACUCCACAUGUCUACGACGCAACAAGAGCUUUGGAACAAGCCACUGCUACGUCUCUGGGACCGCUGGUCGGGAAGCCAGCCCGACGAAGACGAUCGCAUGUCUGCCAGAGACCCCAGUCGCUCGCUCGCCACACGGCAAGAUCGUGUUGAGACCUUGACGUGGCAUGCCGACAAUAAGAUCUGGGAAGAAACGCCUUACCUCUCCUUCACAAGCGAGUCCACGGCCAUUGAAGACCUUGCGCGCCAAAGGAACAGAGCAGGAAGAGAGGGAUUGAGCCUCACCGUGAUCGAUCCACGACUCCGUCUCUGUCGAGGUCGCCCAGUCUUGCACUAUGAGGAUGAGAUGCGUCAGUACGGGAUUGAAGAUCCAUAUCACCAAGGAUACAGGUACUACCAGCAGCAUUAUCUGUGCCUUUGGGAAGUUGCCCCUAAGGAGAUAGUGGGCCACUGGCGAUGGGACGAAAUCAGUCAGUAUCCGGACUGGUACGAGGAAUUCAUUCUACCCAAAUUUCGAACCUUCCGGAAAGGGUGGUGGCCUCAAUCAUUGACUGGCUUGAAGAGCCUCGCAGCGCAGAAAGCAGGGGCAAAAAGUGAGUCUAUUAGCAAUCUCGAGAAUGCUGUGGGUAACCUGACGCACCAAACAGAGUCAAAGGCCUCGAUGGCAUCGACCGAUAAAAUGCAAGACAACAAAGGCGCAGAUGCUGUGGAGAGUGGUGAAAGCACUAAAGAUAGCGAGGAUGAUAUCGCCGAGAAGCUCCAAAAUAUGACGUUGUGA